AUGUCUACUCACCUCGCCCCCGAGCGGGCCCCGGGACCCCCCGUCCUCAGGGGCCGACGCUCCCGCAGCCUGUCGGAGCUGUGCUCCCCGGCCCCGCCCCCCCCGGGUCUCGGCCCCGCCCCCCCUCCGGGCCCCCGCCCCAGAGCAGUUCCAGAGCCGGGACUCCUUCCGGGCGGCCUGGCUGAGCCACCGCCGGUUGGCCCGCUCCUGCCACGCCCUGGACUCGCUGGGCGGGGGGGGGGCCCGGCGGCGGGGGCCCCGGGGGGGGGGCCCGGGUGGGGCCAGACCCAGCCGGUGGAGGCCAGCGUGGUGUGCCGGCUGGACCACCGCGGGGGGGUGGUCCAGCUCCCGGACACCCACAUCAGCGUGCUGGUCCCCGAGGGCCAGGUGGGCCCCGGGGCCUCCCAGCAGGUGUCCCUGCGGGCCCUCCUGGACCCCCCCCCGGCGCUGAGCAGCGAGCUGUGCUCCACCGUCAGCCCCCUGCUGGAGCUCCGGCUCAGCCACACCGAGGCCCCCUCCUUCCUGACCCUGGAGGGCCGCGUGGCGGUGGCCCUGCGGCGGGACGGGGGCCCCGAGGCGCGGCUGCUCUGCGUGCGGAGCCCCCUCCGGGAGGGCCCCUACGCGGCCGUCCCCGGCACCUACCUGUACCGCGACACCGUGCAGGUGCAGCUGGACCGCCUGCAGCCGCUCAUGUACCUGGCCCUGGUGGUCCAGGCCGCGGCCCCCGCCGCCGGGGGGCCCAGCGGGGGGCCCGGCCCCUCGGUGUGGGAGCAGGUCCUCAAGAAGAUGACCCUGGGGCUGUACGGCCCCAAGCACCUCCACCCCUCCUUCAGGGCCGUGACCGCCCUGUUCGGCCACGACUGCACCCCCCAGACCCUGCUGGUGGGCGGGGGGGCCCGCGGCGCGGGGGCCGCGGGCCCCCCCGCGGUGCUCCACCUCUGGGGGAAGCACCAGUUCGUGCUGGGCGCCCCCCAGGACCUCCGGGUGGCGCUGUACUCCAACACCCCGGGCUACGAGGUGGGGGCGGGCGAGGGGCUGAUCCCGGGCGCGGCCGUGCUGCUGGGGGGGCCGGGCCGGCUGGUGCACACCCUGACCGCGCGGGGGCCCGGCCGGGGGGCCGCCUUCACCCUGAGGGUGCAGGUCCGGGACCCCCUGGACGCCGUCCUGGCUCAGUUCUGCGUGCAGACGCCGCCCCCGCCGCGCGUCGGCGGGGGCGGGGCCCGGAGGUUCCUGAAGGGGGCGGAGGUGGAGCGCAUCCUGCUGUCGCCGCUCGCCGUGCCCUCCAAGCCGCCCGGCUUCCAGGACCGCCGCCUCACCAACCUGCGCUUCGGCCGCCUCACCAAGACGGUGUCCCGGCGGCCCCGGGACCCCUACCUGCUGGAGUACCGGCGCGGCGACGCCGUGGCGCUGCUCAGCGAGGAGCGCGUCCGGCUGCGGGGCCGGCGCCGCACCAAGGACUGGUACGUGGGCUGGAGCCGCGGCCGGCUGGGCCUGGUGCACGCCGCCAACGUGCGGCCGCUGGGCCGGGUGCGGCCCCCGGGCUGGGAGGGGCCCGACGUCACCACGGCGGCGGUGCUGGAGCAGGGGCUGGCGCCCUGCCGCCGCCUGACCUACGUGUACGCCUCGCUGCGCACGCUGCUCAUGGAGCAGGUGGGCGGCUGGCGGGCCUUCGCCGACGCCCUGGGCUACGGCGGGGCGCCGCUGGCCUUCUUCUGCUGGGCGGCGCCCGACACGGAGCCCGAGAGGGUGGCGUCGGUGCGGAGGCUGAAGGAGGACUGCAGCGGAGCGGGGAGCCCCGGGCGCCGCUGCUUCCAGAGGGAGCUCUUCAUGGCGCUGCUGAAGAUGGACCUCCAGGGCCUGGUCCUGCGGCUGCUCCAGGACCAGGCCCUGCUGACGGCGGCGGUGGAGCUGGGCCCCCUCUGGAGGGAGCUGGCCCCCGCCUCGCCCACGUCUCCCCCCCGGCAGAUGGACGCCUACGAGGCCCCGCACCGCGACCGCAGCGGCCUGCUGGACCACCAGUCCAUGUGGCGGCCGGCGUACGACUUCCUGCUGACCUGGGCGGCGGCGGUGGGGGACUGCUGCCGGGACGUCCUGCAGGAGCUGCAGCUGGGCCUGGACCGCAUGCGGGGCCCGGCCCCCCGGCGCUGGAGGCACCUGACGGGGGUCCUGCUGCUGGUGCACGCCCUGGCCCUGAGGGCCGCCGCCUUCUGCCCCCGGCCCACGCACCCCGACACGCCCAUCUAGACCGGGGGCCCAGCUAGAGCCCCCAUCUAGAGCCCCACACCCCUAUCUAGACCGGGGCCCCCAUCUAGACCGGGGGCCCAGCUAGAGCCCCCAUCUAGAGCCCCACACCCCUAUCUAGACCGGGGCCCCA